AUGCGACCAACAGAGACUAUCCCAGUCCCGCUCGAGACUUCCAACCCGCCUGUCCCGACCAGGGCAUCCGGCACUAAGGAGGCGAUCCGAGACCAAUCACAGCCAGAUGGAUUCAAAGAAGAAGAAAUCAACGCUUCCACAGUCGGGAAGAACGGGGAGGAUUGGCCUAGCUCCCCGCAGGAGCCUUUGCAAACGAUCAUUGACUUGAAUACACCCCAGGAGUCUGAGAACGAAUUUGUAAUCUCUCCAUUGUCGGACAAUCAUCCUCGCGAGGCAACCGUGGCCCGAUCUUUUCCUGAACUCUCACACUCACUGGAGUCCCCGACUAGCCCAGAUCUGAAUAUGAAGCAUUCCAGCCUCAAGUCGUUGGAGGAAGAGCUGCGAGAAAGAGUGCAGAUCCUAUGCGGGUACUCUGAGGCUGUAGAAACAGGUUUGGAAGAGGAGACCGGGGAUUUGGAUGUGAUAGACUGCGCUUCAUCGUGCUAUAGUCGUCGCACUUCGCUCGCCAGUGUUGGCACCGAAUGGUAUGAAGAUGGACCCCUUUACAAGUCUGCCGAUGCAUACUCGAUCUGUUCCCCUGUUGCUGCCGGUGUCUUUGACGAUGACACAUCUCCUCGCUCUUCCCGACCUCAGUCGACGUUGUCCCACCGUCUGUAUGCGCCAAAUAGCCUUGCACGCCCGCACAAGUCGAUCACCCGGGAACUCUCGAUGAAUGACCUCAAAAACAAACCCUUGCCCUUGGAACCAGGCAGUGCCUCUCCAACUCGCCGAAGCGACUCUUCCCUUUCAGCGGCGCCUCCACGCUCCAAUUCUCCUUUUUCCGAAUUUUCCCAGAAGGAUAUGAUUGUCUCGCCACUAUAUCGAAAGUCUGCAAGGGCACACACACAUCGAAACAGUUACGCAUGUCAGAGCUGCGGACACAGUAAGCCACGGCCUCGACCCCGUCGCGACUUCAAAGUAGCUGGUCAUCGAGCUCGCCGUGUCCCGACAUUGUCGCAGGCAGCCGAGGAACUGGAAGAUGCACUUGCAGACUUUGAGGGAGGAGCACACAGGACACUGCUUAUCCUCGACGGGCCAUUGCAGAUCAGUCGCAACAAUGGCGACUUGAUUGCGACCCGCCCGGCGCCUUUGCCUCCAUCCACGAAGCCUCACUCCUCUCAGUCUCGUGCAGACGCACAGGUCAAGAACCGGGCCAGUAUUAAGCCGGUCGCAAGUCCGCCCAAAGAGAAGCCCAAGAUCAGUAAGCCGAAAGAUAAAAAGGAUAAGUCGCGACGGUCGAGAGACGAGGAAAAGCGAGAUAAUACCAGUCUCAAAAAAGACAAGAAGAGUCAAAAGUCGUUCCUGAUGCCAUUCCGGAAGAGCCAAGACCCCGACUUGCAGACUAGCGCGACUCUGACGUCUGACGCGGCCUCCCUUGAUUCAGCAUCCAAUCGUGAAGAUUUACUCCUUCAAUUACCUCGUCUGCAAACUCGCAUUAGCGGGAAUCCCUUCGAUCAAGUCGCUCAACAAGCUCAGGCACUGGUUGAUAUUCCCCAGCCACCCGCUCAGGCACCCGUUGAGCUGUCAGAUUGCCCCACUGCUCCGGACGUGCACCUUCGUAUUCGGCCUAGCAAUGAUCGAGUAGUCUCCAAGAUGCGACAAAGUUGGGCGUGGGUGUCGACGGCGCAGGCGAGCAGUUUUCAACUUCCCGAACACGUCUACGAGCUUGAUGCUGCGCCGCCGUCGCCCUUUGCUGUGGUGCCUCCCGCGGCCCCCACGGCCUUCAAUGUCCAGGUGGAGUUCCCCGAAGACAUGCCAAUUGAUCUGAUUCUGUCGAUUAUGAACAACAUUGACUCACUGGAUGAUCUGUUUAACUUCGUCCUGGUCAACAAAAAGUUUUAUUCCACGUUCAAGCGUCAUGAACUACCGAUGAUCAAGAAUGCCCUGUUCAAAAUGUCUCCACCCGCGUGGGAAUUGCGAGAGAUGAGUCCGCCCUGGGAAACGGAGUGGCAACUGCUGCUCGACCCGGAUUCUCAGGUUCCCGAGUAUACGCCGACUCUGUAUUUGCAGCGCUACGCACAGGAUAUCUAUACCCUUGCCAAGCUCAAAGCUCUCGUCCUGGCGCGAUGUGCACCUUUCCUACGUCCCGAUACUGUGCGCGGUCUUGCGGGUGUGGAUAAUACUCGAGCGGAGGAGGUAGACGAUGCCUUUUGGCGGGUCUGGACAUUCUGUCGGAUUUUCGGCAGCGGAAAGAACCGCGAGGCUGAUAUCACCGGCCAAAUGGACUGGUUGAAGGGUGGUGUUAUGGCGCGGAACAUGUUCAAUUCGGCUUCUUCUAUGUCUGAACCGUUUGGCAUAAACAAUGUCCUCUUCGAACCACCAGAAGGCUUCGGUCGCGGCAACCUUGAUGGUCUGUCGCAGAGGCAGAUGUAUGAUAUUACUGAGAUUUGGACGUGUAUGAGUGUUUUGCUUCAGCCUUUGCAUGGAAAGUGUAUCGAAGCUCGCAAAGUCGGCAUCUUUGAUGGUAUGAAUGUUCCAGAAGGAGAUGCAGUUCGGGAAGAGACUGUUCUCGAGGAAUGGACCUCCUACGUGCUCUCACUGGGCCUGUCAGCAGUUUUAUCACUUAGUGCAGUCUGUCCAGCAGACACUACGGUCGCAACAUUCACAAAGGCCCAGUCAAUCGGCCUGACAAAAUGGGAACCAACAGAAACCGGAGCCAGCCGAUCACCAUUCCUAAAGGAAGCCGUCGCACGAGCCUACGAACUUCAAGAACGAGCCCUCUCUCCACAAUCCAGCAUCUCCGAAGGAAACCGAAGCAGCAGCCCUUCGGACUCCUCCCGUGAAAUCCGCGAGCGCCAGGCUGGCUUCGCCCGCGAACUAUGUCACCGCCGCCGUGUACGCGGACCAUCCAACGAACCAGAAGGUCGCUAUUCCUUCUCGGCUGAGCGUCCAAUGUCCGAGUUUAGUACUAUCGUCCGCAACCUCGAUGGCUCGAUUCGAGAUGAGCCGCCCGUUCCGCCUGUGCCAGCCCUCGUUCUCGGUCGCUGCUCUACUUCGUCUUCCGGGUCUGGUAGCGACCCUCACACGCCUAUCCAAGCCUCUAACCAUACCUCUGUAUUCGCACCUUCUCAGACGCCCCCGGCGCCGGCAGUCAGAGGUCACGUCCCUCUCCCGCCUCAGGUUCUUGAUCCUGUCGAUAGGGCUAUUAACACCAUGGUCAAUGAGAUGGGCUUCAAUACAGAAGACGCAAAGUGGGCGCUUAAGAUUACCGAUACCGGUGAAGGCAUUGAUGUUUCUGCUGCUAUACAGUUGCUUGAGCAUCAGCGCAAAAAGAAUGAGCGUAAUCCUUUUGGAAAGCGGAAUACCCUACUGUCAGCUGUUAUUAAGCGUCAGAAAUCGCAAGAAGCCGGCUGGCGCUGGGCUUGA